AUGCCGUCACGAACAUAUCAGAACCGCCCGUCGCCGGCGAGCCAUUCCAGCACCACCUCGAGCAGCGAUGCAUCAGAACAGUCGAAAAGCACCGCACCCACCAUCUACAGCCACCAACUUAUUGUGAAAAACGAAUUACUUCCUUUUUCCACCGGAGAUGCCCGCGACUCCAACUCCACCUACGCCUCAACUGUCUCCUCCUCUGAAGACCUACCCCAAAAACCCCAAUUCGAGGUUGUCGCCGAUCGCCAGGAGGUCUUCCCUACCAAUGCCAUCCCAUCCAACUCAUCCACCUUCGCGGAUGUAUUCCCGUCGGGCCGCCGGCUGCUAAUCCGCCACGACGACUCAACUCUCGACGGGAACAUGAAUCUGCGCAUCGAUACGCUGCUGCUGCACAAAGGGCGCAUGCAGCAAGAAAUGACGCUUUUCCAUUUGCGUAUGCAUGAUCUGCGCAGCCGCACUUUUUCCUUUCGCCGUUACUGCCGGGAUUCGGGCCGCGAGGUUUGUCAUUCAAGGAGGCUGGCCCAUGCAACCCCCUCGUUGGGCCCGGCGUUGCGGAGAUCCUGGAGCAGUGUCUUGUCUGGGAUGCGGCCUGCUUCGAAUGCAGUCCCAUUCCUGCAUAGGCAAGAUUACUCCUCCAAGCGAUCACCAGUAGAUGAGGAGGCGAUAAAUGACGACCUGAACCUAAACCUAGACAGUAAUACGGCCGAGACACUAACAAACUCCAUCCUUCUGGAAUUCUCAAAUUAUGCGCGUGUCGAACUGAGUCGGAUCAACCCCUCCAAGCGCUACGAAUUCGAGUACUGGAGCACAAAAUAUCAAUGGCGCCGGGAAUGUCGCAAGGAAGGCGAUUACAAAGAAAUUUCCUACCAUCUCGUCAACCUCGACACGUCCAAGGUCGUCGCACACAUCGUGCCCGAGGUAUUGACUCCGAUGGAGCUGGUGGAGGAGGAAAGCAAGGGCGGCUGGGUUCCGCCCUGCUCGCUGUGGAUCAGCGAUGCGUCGGUGUAUGAGCGGAUGCAUGAUAUUGCCGACGCCAUCGUCGCGACUGGAGUCAUCGCCCUGGCCGACGACAGCAUCAGACGUCGCUGGCAUAGCAAGAGACAUGUGAUACUGAAUCUCACGCGAAAGCCGUCUUUGAUAGACUCGCUAGGACCGAAACGGUUGAUUGACGAGAUGUUUCACCGCCGCGGGUCGGCUUGA